UUGGCGGGGGAGGGGAGAGUGGAGCACCAGAGGCCGCCGAGGCAGAGAGCAGCUGUGGAGAUUCCCGGAGCAGUUGACCGCCAUGAGUUACACGGGGUUUGUUCAGGGAUCAGAAACAACUCUGCAAUCCACAUUUUCUGAUACUACUGCCCAGCCCACAUGUGACUAUGGCUAUGGAACCUGGAACUCUGGGACAAACAGAGGUUACGAGAGCUAUAGUUAUGGAUAUGGAUAUGGUCAGGAUAACACUACCAAUUAUGGGUAUGGUAUGGCCAGUUCAAACUCUUGGGAAAUUCCUAACUCCGAAACAAAUACAAACCCUAAUGCUUCUGCUAGCACCGGUACCGAUAAUGUUCUGUCCAAAAUUAACCAGCGCUUUGACGUGGUGUCUCACCUAGAAACGGACAUGAUGCAAGGAGCACUAUAUGGCUCAGGUGGAGACAGGUAUGAUUCCUACGAAGCAUAUGACUCCAGGGCUGCACUGAGCGACCGUGAUCUGUACAGAUCCGGCUAUGACUACAGUGAGAUUGACCCUGAAAUGGAGAUGGCCUAUGAAGGCCACUACGAUGCCUACCGGGAUCAUUUCCGAGUCCGUGAUGCCUUUGGCCAGCGGGCACAGGGCUGGGCCAGAGAUGGCCGCACUAACCGGCCUGUGGCUACGGGCUAUGGGCGCAUGUGGGAUGACCCCAUGGGGACCCGGGGCCAAUGUGUACCAGGUUCGUCCCGCCUCCCAUCCCUCUUCUCUCAGAACAUUAUUCCUGAAUACGGCAUGUUUCAGAGCAUGAGAGGCUCCUAUGGGAACAUGCGAUUUGGCUUCGGACUUGGCAGUGGGAUGAAACAAAUGAGAAGGACCUGGAAGACCUGGGCUACUACAGAUUUCCGGAAUAAAAAGAAGCGAAAACAAUCCAAUAGCACCGAUGAACCUGACAGCAAAGCAGCUAAGACGGAUGGUUCUGAGAACAGUGAUUCUGACAACGAUGAGGGGACAGAAGGUGAGACAGCAGAAGGAACAGAAGCCCCUGAUACAGCCAGAAAGAGCUCCAGAGCAGAAGGAGAAGAGGAGGAAGGGAAAGAAGAUGGGAAAGAAGAAGGGAAAGAAGAUGCUGAAAAAGGAGCACUGACCAUUCAGGAGGAAAUCAGUCAAAUCAAACGCAAAUUACAGGCUGGCAAGAAGACCCAGGAGAAACAGAAGAAACGACAGAGGGACCGCAUGGUGGAAAGGAUCCAAUUUGUGUGUUCUCUCUGCAAAUAUCGGACCUUUUAUGAUGAUGAGAUGACCAACCACUUAGACAGCAAGUUCCACAAGGAACAUUUCAAGUUUGUAGGCACUAAAUUGCCAAAGCAGACUGCAGACUUUUUGCAGGAAUAUGUUGCUAACAAAACCAAGAAGACAGAAGAACGUCGCAAAACCAUCGAGGACCUAAAUGGUGUAAUCCAGCAGAUCUAUAAAGAUCAAGACCUUACUCAAGAGAUUGCCAUGGAGCACUUUGUGAAGAAAGUGGAGGCAGCUCACUGUGCAGCCUGUGACCUCUUCAUUCCCAUGCAAUUUGGGAUCAUACAGAAGCACCUCAAGUCCAUGGAACACAAUCGAAACAGAAGACUCAUGAUGGAACAGUCCAAGAAAUCCUCACUCGUGGUAGCUCGAAGUAUCCUGAACAAUAAGCUCAUCAGCAAGAAGCUAGAACGCUAUCUUAAGGGUGAGAAUCCCUUCACAGAUGACCCCGAAGAAGAAAAGGAACAAGAAGAAGGAGAGGGCAGUGCUGUAGAAGAAGGAGUGGCUGAAGGGGAAGAUGAGAACAAAACCAAGGAGAAAAGCACUGCAGGACAACCUGAGCUUCAGGCAGGGGACCAGAACCAGCAGCCUCAAGUAACAGUAAGGGCUGGAGAACAAACCCCAGCCAAGGGUUUGGUACAGGAGCAGUCAAGCUUGGAGUUAGCUCCAGAAGAGGAACCAGUGCCCUUGCUAGGGGGUGCCUUGGAGCAGCAGAUCCGGGGCAUCCCUGGCCUGGAUGUGGAAGCUGAUGAUGAUGAAGAAUGAAGGAGCCACACUUCAGGAAAGAAACAGGAGAGACCUCAGACCUGUUUCAGAGCUAUCAUCAAAUCUUUUUAAAUGGAAUAUGAGAAUUGCUAACACUUGCCUGGAUGCUUGUUCUCAUUCUGGCCCUUGAAAGCCUAGUCUCAUUUUUUUGUAAAUGGUUAUGGAAAUAGGGUUGGUUUGGAUUUUUUUUGGUUGCUUUAGUUGGGGGUUAUGGGGCUGGAAGGAGUAUAGGGGAUUAAGUGUUUGUUUUGAAACCCCAACUACACUAUAUCUCAGUUUUGUGUCCCUUGAGUUCUGAGGUACCUUUAGGAACAUCAUCUUUUAUAGUAUCUGCAACAGGGUAUGUGAAAAACUGUUGGCUCCUGGUCCUUUUCCUUAGCUUUGUAUACUAAAAGGUUGGUUGGUUGGUUCUGGGUUUGAACUCUUUCUGGUAAAAGAAAUUUUUCAGUUUUAGUUCCACCCCAGGUCCCCACAACAACUCUGCCUGUUUAGUUAUUUUAUUUUACUCUCUUCCCUGUGCUGCAAAGCCAGAGUCAACAUAUUGUUUGUAAAAAAUCUUAAAUAAAUGUUCAGUCAGAACUGA